ACGAGUCAGGUUCUACUGCCGCUGCUAGCAGAGCCAGACCAGACCACAUCGCAAUCGAGAUCGAAAUCGCAAUCGGUGUGUGGACUCACUGCCACUGAUCAGAAGUCAGUUGCCAUCUAGCCGCGUGCUCGGGACCACGCGCUCCUCCGAUCCCGAUCCUCCCCCGCUUCGAUUAGGGGUCGUGCCUGAAGGGUUCUUGAAUACGUCGGGAGUUCUUUCCAGCCUGCGGCCAGCGGCACAUGUGAAUAGUUUUGCUUGACACCCUUUUGUUUCACUUCAUAUUUGAGGGAGAAGAUUGGCAUUGACUGCCAAAAGUGCGUUAGAAGGGGCUUCCAGCAGGACGCAGGGUUGUCCAGGCCCUGAACCAAUCCAAGGAUCGGCACCAUGACGCGACCCAAACAGGAUGGCGGCAAGUUCAAGGCCUUCAUGCAGGAGAACGUCCUCACCAUGGCCACCGUUAUCGGUGUGUUCGUGGGCGGACUCGUCGGCUUCAUCAUCAAGAACAGCACGGGCGAGUGGUCGAAGAGAGAGAUCAUGUACAUAUCCUUCCCCGGCGAGAUUUUCUUGCGAAUGCUAAAGUGUUUGAUUGUGCCGCUGUUGGUCUCAUCGAUCACCAGUGCCAUUGGAGGACUAGAUCUGAGCAUGUCCAGCAAGAUUGCUACCAGAGCCAUUACGUACUACUUUGUGACCACCAUAUCGGCCGUGAUUCUGGGCAUUUGUCUGGUGACCACACUGCGUCCCGGCCAGGGAGCCAAGAUCGUGGAGACCCAGACGGAGAGCAUUGAUAAGGCAUCCAAGGUGCUCACCCCAGACACGCUUAUGGAUCUGGUGCGCAACAUGUUCACGGACAAUAUCAUCCAGUCGACCAUGUUCCAGCACCGCACUGAGAUCUAUGAGAACACUAGCAUUAGCCCAGCACAGCCCAUGGAGAACUGGGAGUUCAAGUCGGCGCAGCGCGAGGGCUCCAAUGUCCUGGGUCUGGUGAUGUUCAGUGUAAUCCUCGGUACCACCAUCGGCAGAAUGCGGGAGAAGGGACAGCUGCUGCAGGACUUCUUCACCACGUUGAGUGAGGCAAUGAUGACCAUCACCUCCUGGGUUAUUUGGAUUUCCCCGCUGGGCGUUGCCUUCCUGAUAGCCGCCAAGAUCAUUGAGAUGGAAUCGAUAGCCGCGACAAUUCAGUCAUUGGGAUGGUAUUUCAUAACGGUCAUGAUAGGUCUAUUCCUUCACGGCUUUGGUACGAUUGCGGUGAUCUUCUUCCUGGGCACCCGACGUCUGCCCUACCGCUACAUAGCCAAGCUCAGUCAGGUGCUGGCCACGGCAUUCGGAACGGGUUCCAGCUCGGCCACCAUGCCGCUGACCAUCAAGUGCCUGGACAACAUGGGCAUCGAUCCGCGGGUCACUCGCUUCGUCAUUCCCGUGGGCGCCACCAUCAACAUGGACGGCACGGCUCUCUAUGAGGCGGUGGCUGCUCUGUUCAUCGCCCAGUACCGUGAGAUGAGCUACUCCUUCGGCACCAUUGUGGCCGUGAGUAUAACGGCCACGGCAGCGUCGAUUGGAGCUGCUGGAAUCCCGCAGGCCGGACUCGUCACCAUGGUCAUGGUGCUGGACACAGUGGGCUUGGAGCCGAAGGAUGUGUCCCUCAUCAUCGCCGUCGACUGGCUACUGGAUCGCUUCCGCACCACCAUCAAUGUGAUGUGCGAUGCCCUGGGCACUAUUUUGGUUAACCAUCUGUCGAAGAACGAUCUGGCCAGCGUGGAUAGGCUGAAUGCCGAGCCCCAUGAGCUCCUCGAGCUGGGCCCCAAUGGCCACGAGAUGAAGGAAUGAAGGCAGUCUUCGCUUGGCGCCUAUAAUCGCAAGCGAUGAGUGGACAUGUCCCGGCUGUGGGCCUGUUUCCACAUCCUGCCCAGCAACGAUAGCGAUAGCGAUGACUACGACGACGACGACGAGGAGUUUUAAGGAUCGUCGCAGGAUCGCAUCGAAUCAGGGCUGGGAGGGAGUCAUCACGUUUGUUUGCGAAUUAUUUUGGGUGACCAAGUCGCAUCUAAUUUUCAGAUUGAUCAAUUUGAAGCAGCUCCUCCGGCAGAGGAUAGCUAUCCAUCUGCCAGAGUACAAGUACUAAGCCAGCAACGAAUUUAAGUGACACAUUCGUUAAAUAGUUUGUUUUUUCAAAAAAUGAAAAGCGAGAACAGCGAGAACAGCAAUACGAUUUAAGAUGAAAACAAAGUAACAUUUAUCGGCUAAAUUAGGGCUACUUUCAAGGUGUACAUAAUUUUUAAAUAUAAUUAUAUUAAAUUGAGUUCAAAUUUGCAUUACAUUCUUCCCUAUGAUUAGUAUUACAAUUGAAGAGUAAAAUUAGUUAAAUUCCAAGCAAGCAAUCCCAACUUUAAGCAAUUGCAUUUGAUUAGGUCGCAAAUUGUUGAGAUUCGUAUCUAGUAUUUGUUAAACCGUAUUCUAUAACUUUUUGACAUAGCAAAGCGAAACAAAACGAUUAAAAAAAGACAAAUAUUUAACAAUAGAACACAGAUACAUUAACACACACAAAUAGGUGAAAACCAAAACGAAAACCAAAACCAAAACCAAUUCAAAUCAAACCAGAAUUUCAAAUGCCGUUACAAGUUCGUGUUCAUAGUUGAGCUUUGUAAAUACUUAAUAGCUUAAGUAUACAUACAUAAAACUUUAUGGAAAUAUUUAUAUAUUUAAAGCGUGGAAACCGAAUUCUUGGAUGACAAUAAUAGAGUGCUGCAAUCACACAUACAGUCAAUUUAUACGAGUAACAAAUUAUUUAUAAAAUAUUAUUAAAACUAACAUAAAGUAGUAGGUCACAUCUUUGCGAAAAUCAACCAAAUAAUGAGUAAACACAGAAGCAAUAAACAAAACAAAUGAAAUACUUGAAUGUUUGCCAUGCUUUCAGCCAAAAAGGAGAAUUUUUUAGGUUACGAAUCACCAAAAUGUUUGUAGUUGUGCGUAGUCUAAAUAUAUGUUUACUAAUAAAUCUUUAUGAAUAUUAAACGAA